GACUGUUAUUCCUUUCCAACCGAAACAUUAUAUAUCUACAUCUAUCACUCUCAUCAAUUUCCUUCCUUCCUUCCAUUUCCUACAUUUUUAUGUCAUAGAAAGAUAUAAACCAGAAAUAUGACGAGAGUAGGCCGUGAUUAUAGUUAUACAAUGCGAAGCAUGGCAAUUCCACCUGUAUCUGCAGAUGUGAUGUUUGCUUCUACCCGUUUUCCGAACAACUAUAAAUUAGGAGCUAACGACCAACUUGAGAAUGGGAAUGGAAAUGGGAAGUUAGUUUCUAUGAAGGAAGUCAUAGCCAAAGAGACUGCUCAGUUGUUAGAACAAAAAAAACGUCUAUCUGUUCGUGAUUUAGCUAGUAAAUUUGAGAAGGGUUUAGCUGCUGCUGCUAAAUUGUCUGACGAGGCUAAACUCCGGGAUGUAGCUUGUUUAGAGAAACAUGUUCUUUUAAAGAAACUUAGGGAUGCACUCGAAUCACUUAGAGGUCGUGUGGUGGGUAAAAACAAAGAUGAUGUAGAGGAGGCUAUUUCUAUGGUUGAAGCUUUAGCUGUUCAGUUGACUCAGAGAGAGGGAGAGUUGAUUCAAGAAAAGGCUGAGGUUAAGAAACUUGCAAGUUUUCUGCAGCAGGCUUCAGAAGAUGCUAAAAAGCUUGUUGAUGAAGAAAGAGCUUUAGCUCGGACUGAGAUUGAGAAUGCCAGAGCUGCAGUACAGAGAGUGGAAGAAGCUCUUCAGGAGCAAGAAAGAAUGUCCCAUGCUUCUGGAACCCAGGACAUUGAAGAACUGAUGAAGGAGGUUCAGGAAGCCAGACGGAUCAAAAUGCUACAUCAGCCAAGCAAGGUUAUGGACAUGGAACAUGAACUUCAAGCAUUACGAGUUCAAUUAGCUGAAAAAUCCAAGCGUUCAUUAGAGCUCCAGAAAGAGUUAGCAAUCACUAGGAGGGGAGAUGAAAGUGCAUCCAACUUGUUUGAAUUGGAUGGUACACAUGCUUUAGGUUCAUAUUUGCAGAUUCAACCAUGUUCUGAUAUAGCCCCACAACUUUCGGAAAGUUCAAUACAGUGGUACCGUUUAACAACUGAAGGUGGAAACAGGGAAAGUAUCUCAGGAGCCACCAAAUCUAUUUAUGCUCCUGAACCCUCUGAUGUUGGCCGCGUUCUGCAAGUUGAUGUCAUUUCAGAUGGUCAGACGAUUACACUGACUACAUCCGAGCCCAUUGAUGCAGCUGCAGGCCUAGGAAACUAUGUAGAAGCAUUGGUGCGCCGGCACGAAACCGAAUUUAAUGUAGUUGUAAUCCAAAUGAAUGGGGAUGAGCAUCCUUCAGAGUCUGUUCAUGUACUUCAUGUGGGGAAGAUGAGGAUGAAACUUUGUAAAGGAAAAACAACAGUUGCUAAAGAAUAUUAUUCGCCUACAAUGCAGCUAUGCGGAGUUAGGGGUGGCGGAAAUGCUGCAGCUCAAGCUUCGUUCUGGCAACCAAAGAUUGGACUGUCAUUUGUAUUGGGAUUUGAAUCAGAAAGAGAAAGAAAUGCUGCCAUUAUGUUAGCACGAAGAUUCGCCUUCGAUUGUAAUAUAACGCUUGCUGGCCCUGAUGAUAGAGCAGCCCACAAAGCAUAACCUCGGAGAUGGCUCCCUUGUAUCGGAAAUUAAUGAAACUGACUGUCUAAUGAGUCGAUGUACGUAUGUAUAAGGUUGUAUUUGUUAGUGAAACUGUCAUGAUUAUCCUUUUUUUGUUUACUGGUUUAGGCAUCUAUUUAUCUGCCUUUUUAGUGUUUUGCUUUUUUUGACCAACUUACUAGUUACUACUAAUUGUAAUGUAGUUUUAUAUGAAUUGAUGUAUGUGUAUUUUUUAUAUAUAAAUUUUUCUUAAUAA